AAAAGCGUUCAUCUUUCCAGUAAAGCAAGUGCCCGGAUCAUAAACAACUACAAUGUGCUUAGUGUUGCAACCGCAUUUAUUUAAUUAACAGCUUAAAUGGAAGGCGUGAAAGAAAUUGGUGCUGGAACAGAUGAAGAAAGUCUUGAAGAUAUGAUGAUGAAGUUUGCAGACAAACUUGACAAUGACUUGGAGAAAAUACAAAAACAAUCAACACCCUUUACCAAUAGCAGCCAGACUUCAGUCACCAUGGAAAAACAUACAGCUGCUGGUAAUGUGAUUACAGAGAAUGGAAACGAUUCUCUUCUCUCCCUCAUGACAGAUUUUGCUGAGCAGUUGGACAAGGAUACUGUUAAAUUGUCUUCUCAUACAGUGCAAGAAGCUUCCAAUAUUGAAACAAAUUCUUCACUAGCUUCUUUUCUGGAAAAAGUUGCUGAUAAGAUGGACACAGAAACCCGGGUUGAAGGAGCAACCUCUUCCAAAGAAUCUCAAGAUUUACUACAAGAUAUGAUGAGAGAUUUGCAUAAAGGAAUAAAAAAUGGAGACUGGUUGACCAAGAACACAGCAGAGAAAUGGGUUUCAGAAAAUCCAGAUUUAGCAAAGGAAUAUAUGCAAGCUGCAUCAAAGGGCCAAAACUCCUGACAAAAUUGAAUUAUUUUAAAUCUUUUAAUUUAUUCAUUUUCAUUGUAUCAAAAGAAAGAAUGUAAUUUGUAUAUACAGUAUAGAUUGAGAUUGCCUUGUGUACAAUGUUAUUUGUUACAAGAAUAUAAGAAGAUGCAUCUUUCUGGAUUUUCUUUGUCAGUGAACU